AUAAAACCUUUGUAGUUUGCAACGUGGCGUCUUAAACGGCUAGGAAUUAUACAGAAUUUUGAUCUUUCUGAUACGUCUAAUCGGUGGCUGAGGUGUUCAACACUUUCUGAGCAUAGAAAGUGCGAGAUGGAUGAAGCUUCAGAAGAUAGCCGUCCAGCUCAACCAGGCUUUGUCAAAAAGUUUUUCAUAACUAUAUCACAGAGAUACCAGAAGUUUCUGGACACCACAGUGCCACAUCUCCCACUUAGAUGGGUUGCAACACUGGUCCUGACACUUAUGUUUCUUGCCAGGGUAUUUUAUCUACAGGGCUGGUACAUAGUAACAUAUGCCCUUGGUAUUUACCACCUUAAUCUCUUUAUUGCAUUCCUGACACCUAAAAUUGAUCCAGCUUUAGAAGAGUUAGGUGAGGAGGACUUAGAAGAAGAUGGUCCAGAACUCCCCACCAAAGCUGAUCAAGAGUUCAGACCAUUUAUUAGAAGAUUACCAGAGUUUAAAUUCUGGUAUGCAGCCACAAGGGCUGUUGUUAUUGCCAUAACAUGUACAUUUUUUGAAUUUUUUAACAUUCCUGUGUUCUGGCCCAUCCUAGUCAUGUACUUCAUUGUUCUUUUUGUCAUUACAAUGAAGAGGCAAAUAAAGCAUAUGAUAAGGUACCGAUAUCUACCAUUCACUUACGGAAAACAGAAAUACAGAGGCAAGGAAGACAGUGGUGAUGUUAUGAAAUCAUAAGUUUUAAAAGACAGAACGUUAUUGCUACAAAGAUGUACAGUAAUAUUUUUAGUUAUGGUACUGGAUUUGUAUCUGCGAUUGAAUGAAACCACUGUAAGUUUUUCACCCAAGUUCAUUUGAUUUGUAUUAAUUUCUCAUAAGUUUAGUACUCUUGAUUCGGGUUAGGACAAGCUUCAGUGGUCAGUUGAGAAUUAGAGCUCAGCCCUUCCACGAGGGGUUGUCCAUGAAGUUAAGUUAUAUGCUUUAAGUAAAUAAGUCGGACAAUUUGUAUUUUAGUAAUAUAUGAUAGUCGUAACACUAUACAGUGCCAGUUGUAUGUCACUGCACAUGUAGUAAAGGCGGUGCAAUUGUAUUGUAUGUUUAUUUUGUCAACCACAUUCCCAAACACCAAGAAGAGAUGUGAAAAUAUGAGGUUGAGCAGAGUAUUUUUGACAAACUUUGAGUUGUUUGGAAAUAUGGUCAAACACUGUCUUGACUGUUCUCAAGAUAAUGAUAUAUGUUCUCUGUCAAAACAAAAACUCCAUCAUUUGCAAUAUUGUUGUAAAAAUCUAUGCUAAAUACAAUCAGAUAUCCAAAUGCCGUCAUGGUCAUGAUGUCUUUUGAACUUGAUGAAUUAUUUGAGAAAUGUAUUUGAAAAAUCCACACCCAACAAUAAUAUUAAAGAAUUUUUGUUGUUAUUUUAAAAAAAAUACCCAGUCCUUUAUUUAAAUGUGUUUGUUGUGUCGGUAUCUGCUUGUUUGGGAAACACAUUCAAUCAACAAUUUAGGAACUCUGAAGACUUGCCGCAAGCACUGGAUGAUUGACAGUUCUUGUUCAUUUUAAAAAGGAACUGGCUUUGUACAUUAACAAAUUAACAAUAGUUAUUACUGUCAGAUGCUACAGUUUAAGGCGAAUGUGACUUCGUAAAAAAGAUAUUGCACAAAUGUGAAUAAAGAUUUUCUUUCCAAAAAAGACAGAUGAUCUCUAUAACACACAUAUGGCUAUAAAUGGAGAAAAGAUAAAGGGAUUUUUGGCUUUGACUUAGCUGACAAAAUGAAUGCGAAGGUCGUCGGUUGAGACAUUCCAAAACUGCUUUUCACUUGGUAGAACCAAAGAACAAAAUAAGUUAUGACAACAUUUUAAAACCUUUAAACAUUUUUAAUACUUCAAGGAAUCUUCCUUUGUUUACCACAGAAUAUAACUUAACGUCAGUUUCAACUGCAAAUGAUAACCUUGGGUGGGUUCAUGAGCUGUAGCCAUGGAAACCAGGGCCCUCUCAUGGAUUUUUCCCAGGCCUUUCUCACUCAGUGGUGAGUGGGAGCCCCUGGGAAGGGCAGCUGGUUUCCAAGGCUAUGUAAAAUAAGUUAUUUUCAUUUGAUUAGUUAGGAAGAGACUUCUUGCAGUCAUUGUUUCAUUUUUGGCUUGUCUUUCUUUUUAACUUUAUAUUAAAUUUUUGCGCUUAUCUACAAAGCAAGUAUUGACAAGAAAACUAACACUUGGAAAAUUCCAAGCACUUCUUUCGUCGUUAUUCAAUUUAUCUACAAAACUUACAUUAACAAUGGUAAUCAUUAAUUAAGUUAGUUUCAUUUUUGUUUCAAUAAAUAAAAAAAUAUCAACCUUCAUCUGAUCGCUAACCAGACAUGUAUUUCCUUUCAUAAUUUUUGCAUAGCAACCAGAGCUAUGUUAUUGGUAUGUAAAUUAAUCAUCCUGAAGCUAAACCCUAUCUAGCGAGUUCUUUUUCAGGCAAUAUUUCACUCAUCAAGUUUUCUUUAAGUCAGGCAUGUUUAAAACAUGAAAUGGUAAAAUGACAAAUGACACUUCGAGUAAGAGUCAAUGUGACAUACAGGUGUCUGUAAGGGUCAAGCCUUGAAUUUGAGAGCUAACCACUAUCCAUUCAGUGAUAUUCAGGCUAACCUGAGUGCCAUUUAAGCUAACCAUAGCGCCAGUUCACCAUUUCGUGUUUUAAACAUGCCCCUGUAAGUCGGCCUUUAGGAUAGGUCAUUAUCAGCACAACAAAACUCUCUCUUAAAUUCUACGGCUUGUAGCAUUGUCAUACAAUAAAGUGACAGCCUCCCAGGAGCUUGCAGAA